AAAAAAACGCGUGGUUGGCGCACUUCUUCCUGUAAUCCUUCAAAACCAGUAGUGUCAGGAGAGAGAAAAACCACCCAAUCUCACUCACUUUCUCUCUCUAUAUUUUCAAACCACCACCCCGCAACCAAUGACUGAUCGUCUAGCAAUGGCAUCCUUCACUACCACCACCGCCGCCGCUGCAUCUCGUCUGCUUCCUUCUUCUUCCUCCUCCAUCUCUCGACUUUCUCUCUCCUCUUCUUCCUCCUCCUCCUCCUCACUCAAAUGUCUCCGAUCAUCUCCACUCGUCUCUCACCUCUUCCUUCGACAGAGAGGAGGUUCAGCUUAUGUGACGAAGACGAGGUUUAGCACGAAAUGCUACGCUUCUGAUCCUGCGCAGCUGAAGAAUGCUAGGGAAGAUAUUAAAGAGCUUCUUCAAUCUAAGUUCUGUCAUCCUAUUAUGGUUCGCUUAGGUUGGCACGAUGCCGGUACUUAUAAUAAGGACAUUAAAGAAUGGCCACAAAGAGGUGGAGCCAAUGGCAGUCUGAGGUUUGAUGUUGAGCUCAAGCAUGGAGCUAAUGCAGGUCUUGUUAAUGCCCUGAAACUUCUAUAGCCCAUAAAAGACAAGUACUCUGGAGUUACAUAUGCAGAUCUAUUCCAGCUGGCUAGUGCUACUGCAAUAGAGGAGGCUGGUGGUCCAACAAUACCCAUGAAGUAUGGAAGAGUGGAUGCCACAGGGCCGGAGCAGUGCCCAGAAGAAGGAAGGCUUCCUGAUGCUGGACCUCCUUCACCUGCUCAACAUCUACGUGAUGUUUUCUACAGAAUGGGUCUUGAUGAUAAGGAUAUAGUAGCAUUAUCUGGAGCACAUACGUUGGGAAGGUCUAGACCUGAACGCAGUGGUUGGGGCAAGCCAGAGACUAAAUACACGAAAGAUGGACCUGGAGCUCCAGGAGGGCAGUCAUGGACUGCGGAGUGGUUGAAGUUUGAUAAUUCCUAUUUCAAGGACAUCAAAGAAAAGAGAGAUGCAGAUUUGCUUGUUUUGCCAACUGAUGCUGCUCUUUUCGAAGAUCCGUCUUUCAAGGUAUAUGCAGAGAAAUAUGCAGCUGACCAAGAAGCAUUUUUCAAGGAUUACGCUGAAGCCCAUGCCAAACUCAGCAACCAAGGAGCCAAAUUUGACCCUGCUGAGGGUAUCACUCUUAAUGGAACCCCUGCCGGAGCAGCUCCAGAGAAGUUUGUAGCAGCCAAGUACUCAUCUAACAAGAGAUCAGAGCUUUCGGAUUCUAUGAAGGAAAAGAUUCGCGCUGAAUAUGAAGGUUUUGGAGGUAGCCCUAAUAAGCCUCUACCAACAAACUACUUCCUAAACAUUAUGAUUGUGAUUGGAGUUUUGGCAGUUCUAUCAUAUCUUGCGGGAAAUUGAUUUGUGGUUUGAUGAGUUUUUUUCCAUUUAUAAAUAUAACGGCAGUUGAUUAUAUGAAAUUUCUUCUUGAAAAUCGUCCAUUCACAUGAUAUUUUGAAUAAAUCAGAGUUAAAAUUCUUAA